CUUCUACCGUUUUUUUCAAAAUAUUCAAAAAAAUAUUUACAAAAAAAUGUCUGCAAAGUUUAAAAAUGAUUUAUUAGUUCCUAUAGGAAUGACUGCCACUAGUCUUGCACUUAUAGGUGCUGCUGCUGCUAUAUAUCGGGAUAAUAAAAGACUUGCAAAUCGUAUGUUUAGAUUUAGAGUUUAUGCUCAAGGCUUUACAUUAAUUUCAAUAAUUGCUGGGAGUCUUUAUUAUCGAUAUUCUGAUUCAUCUUGAUUCAUCUUGAUUCAUCAAUUCUUUGAUAUAUAUACAUUAGAUUAUA